ACAAAAAUAGUUAUGAUGGCGGCCAAUUCGUUAUUAGAAGAGGAUAUUCCUGGGGCCAAGUUUGUUCAUACAUCGGUCGAGGAACACACAAAUAUUCAAUUAAAAAGAUGGUUGAAAUGUCGUGGGCUUCCUACUUCUGGAAAACGGCCAGAUUUAAUAGAAAGAUGCCAGAAUGCUGUAAACAACAAUGUUAAAAUUGAUCUGAAAGUUGACGAUGGUAAAUGGCUGAAUCUUAAAAAGAAUCCAACACCUGUUGCAUCACAAGUUCCCUAUGUUCCAAUUCAAGGUUGGAAGAAGUUUCCAUCUGUGUCUAUACCAAAACAUUUUAAUCAUGGGCAUAUCUACUAUUAUCUUGUGGAAUCAGUAGCAUCAAUCGAGUUUGACUCAAACAGUUCUGAUGAUGACUGUCAAGAUGAUGUGCAUACUAGCAAACCAUUUACUAAGGGUAUGAAUCUUUUCAGAAGUGGUCAUGUGAAAAACAUGCAUGAUGUCAGUUGUAAAGGACACUAUUUUGUUAAAGCAUCAGUGUUAGCUUCCUACUCAAAACAUUCCUACAAUUGUACAGUAACAUUAUCCGAAUCAUCUGGAUCAGUGUUAGAGGGUACGUGCACUUGCUCUGCUUCUGGCAUGGGCAGAUGUUCUCAUGUUGCUGCUGUGUUGUUUGCAUUAGAGGACUACACUAUUGAAUUUGGGACUGACCUGCCUACCUGCACAGACAAACUACUACAGUGGAACAAAGGUAGAAGAAAAAAUAAGAAUCCAGAGACAAUUUUUAACAAGGAAUACAAGUCCAUGAAGAAAAAUCUUAAACGUCAAAAAACUUCAGUCAAAGAUAUCUUGAACUCUGAUCCAAGACCUGAAAAACUGAGGGAGAAUGAAUUAUCAAAUGAACAGAAAAAUGAAUUCUUAUCAAAUUUAGUCAUGGAUGGACAAGAAUUUGAUAACACAGUAGGUCAGUCAUUAUCGCAAGACUGGCAGGUAAAUAGAUGGUGCAGGGUAACAGCAUCGAAUGCAAAAGAUAUCAAAUGUGUUAGAACAGGUAUUACGAGUCUAGUCAAUAGGCUUCUGUGGUCAGAUUCCCCUGUAACAGCAGCCCUACUGUAUGGGCGUGAACAUGAAUCUGAUGCUCUUGCACAUUACAAACAACAACAUCCAAACUACAAUGUGCAGGAAACAGGGUAUGUCAGUGGAGAGAAUAACUGUCAGUAA